AUGCCCACCUACGCUAUCCUCGGCGCCACAGGAAAUUGCGGCACUGCUCUCAUCGACAACCUCCUGCAAACCGAAGAUGCAAAAGUCAAUGCCUACUGCCGUAGCACGAACAAACUGAUCCAAAAGGUCCCCACAAUCACCGAUAACAAGCGCGUGAAUAUUUUUGAAGGCAGCAUCUACGAUAUCGAUCUUCUGGCCGAAUGCAUCCGCGACACCCGCGCUAUCUUCCACGUGGUAACGACAAACGACAAUAUCCCUGGCUGCCAUGUCGGUCUGGACACAGCGAAGAGUAUCAUUUCUGCGAUUGAGAAACUGAAGGUUCAUGGCCAGCUCGGCGCAAUCCCCAAGAUCCUCCUCCUCUCCUCGGGGACAAUCGACGACCAUCUGAGCCGGCACAUGCCGUGGUGGUUCCGUCCCAUUCUCCGCACGGCAGCCUCACAUGUAUACGAGGAUCUGCGCAGAACGGAGGUCUAUCUUCGGCAGCAAGAGGAUUUGGUGUCGACGAUUUUCAUCAAGCCGGGUGGGUUGGCGGUUGAUGUGCAACGGGGUCAUGAACUCAACCUUGACCAUGAUGAAUCGUUCGUUUCGUACCUGGAUUUAGCGGCGGGAAUGAUCGAAGCGGCCGACGACAAGGAGGGUAAGUAUGAGAUGAAGAACGUUAGUGUGGUGAACACGAAUGGGUCGGCCAAGUUCCCUUCGGGUACGCCCUUGUGUCUUGCGACCGGGCUGGCCAGGCAUUUCUUUCCAUUUCUACAUGCGUAUUUGCCUUCUACUGGGCCGAGUUAG